UGCAUACAUACCGCUGCAGCCGGCCGAGGACACGGAGGAAAUGCUCGUCGCUCAGAUCGGGGCAAACAGGGACGUCGACCAGCACAAGUGGGCCGUCCUCUCGCCGGCCGGGGAUGACUGCAAGCACCGCUAGGCGUUCAUCAUGGGCUCCGUCGAGGACCGCACAAGAGACCAGAGCCCGUCUGUGCUCAAGGAUUUCUUCAUGGAAAGGGGCGACCUGACGCCGAACAUGCCCCCGGCCAACGUGUUUUACACCUUCUACUACCCGGGCCAGUCAAGCGGAGUGGCUGACCCUGGCGGCCCUCGGGGCAAAGCUCUGGUGACGGUGGAUGACGGCGGGAAGACGGCCGAUCAGAGGCAGAUACUGGUGCUGAGGCUGUACCUGGCCAAUGACGACCCGAGGCUGGAGCUGAGGUUUACGGUGGAUGACGGAAUGCCGCUGAGCGAGGGCGGCGUGACGGUGCCAGAAUCGGAUAAGACCACGGACGGCAACAAGGUGUACCCGCCGAAAGAAUAGCUUGCAGCGCAGUCCUGUUGGGGCUCUCGUGAUUUGUAUGAGGGUCGCGGUCGCGCGGGGAAACGGGAAAGCAGGUUAACGGUACCUAUUCGCGGUUU